UCUUCGACAAUGGAUUUACAGCAAUCACGAUCCUAUUGUGAAUGAUCAUCUUUUCUUGUUCUUCUUUCUUUCUUUGUGGAUGCUCAUUAGCGUCGUGAGUCGAGAUGAUGGCAUCAAUAGGGGAAUUCGAUCCGCUCAACACCAGAGUCCCUGCAACUAAAAUAGAAGUUACCGUUUCGUGCCGGAGUCUGCUGGAUGUGGAUACAUUCUCCAAGUCCGAUCCUGUGGUCGUGUUGUAUUUGCAGGCCGUGGGAACCAAAGAAUGGAGGGAGUUUGGCAGGACAGAGGUAAUCGAUAACACUCGGAAUCCAGAUUUCGUCAGAAAGUUUGUCCUGGAUUUCUUCUUUGAAGAGAAACAAAAUCUAAGGUUUGAUGUGUACAAUGUGGACUCCAGAAGCUGUAACAUUUCCAAAUACAAGGACUUUCUGGGUCAGACCUUUUGUACUCUGGGAGAAAUCAUCGGCUCCACAGGAGGGCGGCUGGAGAGGACUCUCUCUGGGAUUCCAGGGAAGAAGUGUGGAGUCAUUAUCUUUAAUGCAGAGGAGCUCAGUAACUGCAGGGAUAUUGCUACCAUGCAGUUGUGUGCCAACAAGCUGGACAAAAAAGACUUUUUUGGCAAGUCAGACCCCUUCUUGGUUUUCUACCGGAGUAAUGAGGAUGGAACGUUCACCAUCUGCCACAAGACAGAAGUGAUCAAGAACACACUGAACCCAGUGUGGCAGCCCUUCACCAUCCCUGUUAGAGCUCUCUGCAAUGGCGACUAUGACAGGACUGUGAAGGUAGAUGUCUAUGACUGGGAUCGAGAUGGAAGCCAUGACUUCAUUGGCGAGUUCACCACCAGCUACAGAGAGCUGUCUCGGGGCCAGAACCAGUUCAAUGUCUAUGAGGUUUUAAAUCCCAAGAAGAAAGGCAAAAAGAAGAAAUACAUCAAUUCUGGAACUGUAACUCUGCUGUCCUUCAAAGUGGAGUCCGAGUAUACCUUUGUGGAUUUCAUCCGAGGAGGAACCCAACUGAAUUUCACAGUUGCUAUAGACUUUACAGCAUCCAAUGGUAACCCCUCCCAGCCCACCUCCCUCCACUAUAUGAGUCCCUACCAGAUGAACGCAUAUGCCAUGGCCUUGAAGGCAGUAGGUGAGAUUAUCCAGGACUACGACAGUGACAAGCUCUUUCCUGCCUAUGGUUUCGGGGCUAAGCUGCCCCCUGACGGCAAAAUCUCCCACGGCUUCCCACUGAAUGGUGACGCUGAGAAUCCAAACUGUGUGGGCAUAGAGGGGGUUCUGGAGGCAUAUUUCCAGAGCCUGAGGACGGUGCAGCUGUAUGGACCCACCAACUUUGCACCUGUUAUCAACAAAGUGGCAAACUGUGCAGCAGAGAUUACAGAUGGCUCUCAGUACUUUGUCCUACUGAUGAUCACAGAUGGAGUGAUAUCUGACAUGGUGCAGACCAAAGAGGCUGUGGUCAAUGCAUCAGGACUGCCCCUGUCCAUAAUUAUCGUAGGUGUUGGACCUGCUGAGUUUGACGCUAUGGAGGAGCUGGAUGGAGACGAGGUGAGAGUGUCCUCCAGAGGACGUCUUGCUGAGAGAGACAUUGUACAGUUUGUUCCAUUCAGAGACUACAUCGACAGAUCCGGCAACCAGGUCCUCAGCAUGGCCCGGCUGGCUAAGGACGUCCUCGCGGAGAUCCCCGACCAGCUGCUGUCUUUUAUGAAGAGCCGAGGAGUUGAACCGCGACCGGCCCUCUCCACCUCGCUACUACCGGAGCUACACCGGCAUAUCUGACACAGCCACAGCCACACUCGUGUCUGCCUCUCCACCUCUCUCUCUCUCUCUCUCUCUCUCUCUCUCUCUCUCUCUCUCUCUCUCUCUCUCUCUCUCUCUCUCUCUCUCUCCCCCUUCUGCUUAUCUACGCUCACUGCCCAUACAAUUAUUAGUCACUUUAAAAAAGGAGCAGAAGGAUCGACCCGUGACUUCGUCCUCUUCCUCUCUCAUCACCGGUGAACAGGCACAUCACAGGACACAGCGGGCGCUCAUCCCUGACUGACCCACUGCUGUUCUUCACCUUCUCUUCUCUAACUCCCCCCUGUUAUAUAGCUUUACUUUCCAUUUACUGUAUGAAAGAGCAGUGAGACUGAGCCAUGACUGUCCCCCUCCUCCCCACUGAUUUAUCAUUCAAAGCUUGACUUUUUUUAAUUUGUCUGUUAAUUCUCCAUCACCAGGCACGUGUUUUGCGCAGUUUUUUUUUUUACAUUUGUGUCCUUGUCCUCUGGAAGUGUUGAUACUAUAGUCACAUUUGGCAGGAGUCCCAGGAAGUGCAAGACUUUAAAUGAAAUUGAAGCCAGUCCCAAAUGAAAGCAGAGCUCUUGUUGAGCAAUACACACCAGCUUGUAUC